AUGGGGUCUAAAAGACUGAAAACACCCUUUUCAAGUUCACAACAACCCAUUUCUAACCAUGUUAUUGUUAAGGAAAAUGAUGUUGAUAGCUAUUCCAUUGAGGUUGAAAUGUUAAGAAAUGAUCCGUCUAUUGUAGACACCAUGACUGUUCCCCAACUCCGCAACACAUUAAAGAGUAUAGGGGUUCCCGCCAAAGGUCGUAAAGAGGAUCUUUUGUCUGCCUUGAAGACUUUCAUGGUGCCUUUUUUGUGUUCUGCAGAACAAGAUUCUCAAAUUAAAGACGAACAAGGGCUGUUUAUUUCUUCUGAAAAUACGUCUUCAGAAAUGAAAGCCAAAAAGGUGUCGGGUGAAGAGCCCGUCGAUGAUGUUAAUGAUACUCCAGAGACAGUUGAACUUAACCAGGGUAAGAAAAGGUUUAAACAAUCAGAACCUGAAAGAAAAAUUGUCAAAGCGACAACCAAAAAGAAGCUGUUGGUUAAAUCAGACGAGGUUUCAGAUGUUAAGCCUUCUAGGGCGAAGAGAAAAGUGUCUUCAGAUGUUGUUAUCAUUGUAGCACAAUCAGAUGAAAUCAGUACAACAACCACUAUUCAAACUGAAACAUGGGCUGUUCUUGCUCACAAGAAACCUCAAAAGGAUUGGAUUGCAUAUAAUCCUAGAACCAUGAGACCCCUGCCUCUUUCUAGGGAUACAAAAUUUGUCAAGCUUUUGUCUUGGAAUGUCAAUGGAUUGAGAGCAUUGCUAAAAUUAGAGGGAUUCUCAGCACUUCAACUUGCUCAAAGGGAAGACUUCGAUGUAUUGUGCUUGCAAGAGACUAAACUUCAGGAGAAGGAUAUCGAGGAAAUAAAACAGCGACUGCUAGAUGGCUAUGAGAACAGCUUUUGGACAUGUAGUGUUUCUAAGCUUGGUUAUUCUGGAACAGCAAUAAUCUCAAGGGUGUGUUCACUUUGUUCAUACUCCUUCAGACUUAAUUGA